UUUCCAGUUGAUGCUGUUUGAUUCAUGUGAUGUUUGUUCCUCUUCAGUUUGGUUCGCAGCAAAUGAGUGCAUGUUCUUGAGUGUCCAUCCUAUGUUGUCUGUUUUAUGGUCUUCCUCGUCCUGUGGUCAGAUGGACGAAAUCGAAGAAAAUCAUUCACAAAAGCAAGCUGAGUUCUUGCAAGUAAUACGGCCUUCCACUUUCUGUAGUACUGAUCUAAGAAAUUAUGCCAAAAGUUUUCUCGAUUUGAUUCCACUAGACGAAAUGUAGCAUUCAGAUCUCCUGAGAAGAACCAAGUCUAGAUUCUCUCUAGUUCUUCAAGUUGUUCAUAGACUGGAAGAGGAACUUGUCAAGAAGCUUUCUGGAACCAAAUUAUUUUGCUUCGCUCUUUGUUGUAAUCUUAAAGCUACCGGCCGACCUGAUACUGGCUAUCAGUACGUCUCUGCUUAUGGAGUCAUGGACCGUGAUGAUUGUUCAAGCUCGUACUUGGUCGCAUCAACUGACGAUGCUUAGUCUUUAUCUCCAUUUUUCGGGAUCUUGUUUGGAAAGAACAUCACAAUGCCGAGUCCGAAAAAGCAAACCUUUUUUAAGAUUUUCCUUCCCAAAAGCAGCGCCUGUCGAAUGAAAAUACCUCCCGCGUAUCGGAAGCAUAUGAAAGGGAAAAACUCGGGAGCUGUUUACCUGAAGGGACCUAGUGGCUACUAUUGGCGGGUGAAGCUUAUUGAGGAGAGCGGCAACUUAUACUUCAUCCGAGGGUGGCCCUUAUUCGUCAAGGACCAUGGCAUACAACUCGGGUACUUCCUCGUAUUCAAGUUCGAUGGGGACAAAACAUUUAGGGUUAAGGUCUUUAACCCCACUGGCUGUGAGGAUAAGGCUGCCUUAGGUGCCAAACCUUCCCGAGACAAUGCUAGUAACCCGCACAACCCCGGGAAAGAACUUGUCGCAAAUGUAGAAGUGGAGGAGGAUGCUUCUUGGGACAGAGCAGAGAAAGCUAUCGUGCUAGCUAGGGAGCCACCUUCUGUUACUUUGCCACAUUUCACAAUACAAAUCAAGGCCUACCACAUUUCGGGCGGAGGAAUGACUGUCGGGGUUCCGAAUUCAUUUGUCAAAGUCCACCUGUUCCAUUUCGUGGAGCAGAAGACGCCUAUCGUUCUUCAAUGGGAGGACAAGGAAUGGCCUGCAGCUAUGACCCACGGUUCUACGCGCACUUACAUAUGGGGGGGAUGGCGAGAUUUCGUGAGGGUCAGCAAAGUACAGGAAGGGGACAUUUGCAAGUUCGAGCUGGUGGAACAAUUCGUCCUGCGCGUGCAUAUCUCGAGGCACAUUAAGGAAGAGUAGCCUAAUUAGCACCGAGUCUGAACUUAUAUAUUAUUACUACCCUCAAGAAACUCGAUACUCAUCUUUUAUGCCAUAUCGGCACCAGUAUUAUCAUAAUGACCGAUCUUUCAUCAUUCAGAUCUUAUCUUAGCCUAAAACAUCUAUGAAUAGGUGAUGGGUAUUCAUGCUUUCUGGUGAAGAGGCAACUGGGUACUUUGGUGAUUGAUGUUGAGCAUCGACAAGGGAACAAGGUUUCAGACCGAUUUCAGGUUGCGGUUUUCGACUUGUUUUUAGUGGAACCGCUUCGAUAUAGAUACCAAGUAGGCGUUUGGACUCUGAUUUCAUUUACAUUUCUGCAUGUUACUUAACAUGUGGAAGUGAUUUAAUCUUCAUCUCACUUAGUAGUAUUUACAUUUCUGCAUGUUA